CAAAUCCGGUUACAAACGACAACCCGACUCGACAUCACUCCCGAAGUUCCAUUCCAUCCGAAGAAAAGAAAAUACGAAAGCGAGCACGAUUUGGGAGCAAAAACCUCGUCACAAACCUCGGCUCUCCAGGCGCUCAUUUCUCCCUCCGUCCUCCUCCGCCUCCUCCUCCGCUGCUGCUGUCAGACCGAGGCAUGAGCCCCUUCGCAGCCAUGGCGGCCAAUUUGCGGGUCUCGCCUCACCUCUACACCCUCCCCAGCUCUUCACAAUCGAGCCGCGCCGGGAGCGGCGGCCGGGGCUCCGUCGUCCCCGGGAAGAAGCACCUCUUCUCGCGGACUUUCUUGUGUCGGAGGAGGCCGGAUGAGUCGGCGCAUCUCCGUCGCUAUCGAGCUGUGCCUCGAGCGGCGGAAUCCGAAUGUUUCGCGAGCAUUUCUUCCUCGAGAAGUAAGGGAACUACUUCGGUUGGUGUUGCUCCGCAGCCGCCGGUGCCUCCUCCUCCAUCUUCUUUCGGAUCACCUCUGUUUUGGAUUGGGGUUGGUGUUGGACUCUCGGCACUAUUUUCAUGGGUGGCAAAUUACCUAAAGAAAUAUGCUAUGCAACAAGCUUUUAAGGCUAUGAUGGGUCAGAUGAAUUCUCAAAACAACCAGUUUGCCAGUUCUCCCUUUUCUUCUGCCUCGCCUUCUCCAUUUACGAUGGGUUCAGCACCGCGACCCACUCCCUCUCCAAUGGCUACUUCUCAGCCAUCUACAGUUGAUAUAUCUGCAACAAAAGUAGAAGCUGUGAAAGCCGAAACAGCACCGGUUGCAGACGUCAAAGAUGAGAUUAGGAAGGAGGAAGAACCAAAGAGAUAUGCUUUUGUGGAUAUUUCUCCAGAAGAAACAAAGCAAAAGAGUCCUUUUGAAAGCUUCAAGGAUGUGACAGAAACAACUUCAUCUGAAGCUACUCAGUUUGUCAGCAAUGUCUCUCAAAACGGAUCUGCUUCUAACUCGGUGGAUAGUUCUUCGGAUUCAUCCAAAUCAACUGGAAAAGGAAGCUCCGUUUUGUCUGUGGAUGCAUUGGAGAAGAUGAUGGAAGAUCCAACUGUGCAGAAGAUGGUUUUCCCGUAUCUACCUGAGGAGAUGAGGAACCCUGAAACCUUCAAAUGGAUGCUGCAGAAUCCACAAUAUCGUCAACAGUUGGAAGAAAUGCUAAAUAAUAUGGGUGGAAGCAGUGAGUGGGACGGCAGAAUGAUGGAUUCUUUGAAAAACUUCGAUCUUAGUAGUCCUGAGGUCAAGCAGCAAUUUGAUCAAAUUGGCCUUACACCUGAAGAAGUCAUUUCGAAGAUAAUGGCCAAUCCUGAAGUUGCAGUGGCUUUUCAAAACCCCAGAGUGCAGCAGGCAAUCAUGGAUUGUUCUCAAAACCCUCUAAGCAUUGCCAAAUAUCAAAACGACAAGGAGGUGAUGGACGUUUUCAAUAAAAUAUCGGAACUUUUCCCCGGUGUGACUGGUCCUUGAUCCAUAUGUUCUUUCCUUAUUACCGUUACUUUUCAUUCAUCCGAGGAUUAUGGCGAGAGAAGCUGCAUCAGAUCUACAAAAAUCCUGCUCUGGAUGACUCCUGCUGUAAGUUAUACCAACAUAGCAUAUUCGUGUUUGCAGCAAGUGUCUUCCUGCUUAGAGUGGCUGAGUAUGUGCCUUUUCCCUCUUUGAAAUCAGUCCGAAAGUUUUGUAAUUUUGUAGUAAUUGUUCUAGCGCAGAAUAGCUACCAGACGAGUUAAAUUUGUGUGUUACUACUGAAGACGACGUAACUUUUGCAAACUUGUACAUAGUACAUGUUGGAGCUCUCUCUCUCU